AAAAUGAUCGGUAAUGUUUGUCGUUAUUAUCAAUAGAUAUCUGAUCUUAUUAGUGUUAAGUUCUUGGAAUCACAAAAAAAAAGUAUUUUUUUAAACGAGAAAAUGCAUUUUAAGCUACUUUUAGUUGGAUGCAUUGUCGUAUCGAUUGCUGUUGCACAGAUUUCUGCGCAAUGUGCUUGUGGUGCUGAAGGUGAAGAUUACUGUUCAUGUUCGUUGACCCGUGUGCCUCGACCGCAACAGUUGCCACCUCGUUUCCAGGCCAGACCAACACCAGCACAACAGCGAACAUGCACAUGUUCCAAUCCAUCGUCAGUGAAUCGGCAAGCAUUCAGUCCAGUGGGUGAUCGUUGCUCCUGUGGAAAUUCUGCCGUUGUACCAGCCAUUCGGCCACCAUGUGGAUGUCAACACAAGAAUCCUGCAUCAGUUAUAUCAUCACCCGUAGUAGCUGAGAGUGGUGACUGUGGACGAACAAUUGCCGCUGAUUUUGAAUCGAAUGUGUACACACCAAAUCAGAUCGUAAAAGAAGAUUUCUCCUCACUGAUCCCAGUCGAUCCAGUAAGUAUGAGUCUUGCAUAUAAGUCGGCACAUCGGGCGACCGUCACGGUACCGGAGGAAAAAUUGGCUUUUGGAUUCAAGAAAACACCAACCAAUGCCGAAAGUAUCAAACCGGUUCCAAAUAUUCCCGAAGAAAAGCUUUCAACCUUUGACGCUAAAGUCGUGGAAUUGAGAGACAUUCCGUGCCGCCGUAAGCACAAGAAGGAAGAAGAAAUUGAAGAAGAAGAGGAGGAGGAAAUUGAGGAGGAUUCGAAACCGAAUUGUGGUCUUGGAUACUUGAAUUACAAUCAAAUGGGAUAUGUUGUACAGAAGCAGGUUGAUCCGAGCUUUGCCGUUCACCAAUUCGUCGAAGCUGAAGUAAAUGAACGGCCAUGUAGUGAGGACCCGAUUCAGGAAAUUGGUAGCUGUGGAUACAAACCGGGUAAAAUAAUGCAACACGCUAACAAUGAAGAGAUCCAGGGAUACGUUUACUCAAAAUGAUGUUGCUGCGACUAGACUGAAACGAUGUAUCGAUGUUAAAUCUGUGCCGUAAAAGUAUAAAGAAGUACCGUGAUAGUAGCAUUAAGUUAAUGUGUAAGCAAAACGAGGAAAAAUUUAUUUAUUUUGAUAUGAAUAUUGAGUGAGUGACUGGACUGAAAUAAAUUGUACUUAAACUGAGA